UUGCCAAUUUAGAUAUGUCCCGUAGACCAUCUAAAUUUAAUUUUCAAAUGACCUCGCAACAUUUCUUCGAUCUCAUGAAAGGGAUAGUGUUCAUUUAUUGACAAAUAUAUUCAAAAUGAAAUCGCAAUUCCUCAUCAUGACAUUGGCGAUCUGAAAAGCAAUAAUAAUGACAACUUUAAACAAUCAUUGUGUAAUUGAAGUUGAAGAAGUGGUGACAUAUGCAAAUCAUGUUGAUGGCUCUGACGAGAUAGAAAGAUUAGGUAACAAAAUGUCAACUUCUGUGAAAAGAAAAGAUGCGAAGGAGGCAUCUUCAAAAACAAAUGGGAGUAGCAAACAACUCGAAAAGAAAAAGUCGAGUGAAACAGGAAAUCUAAGGAAACAAAAGGAAAUUGAAGAUAGAAAAAGCCUAGUCUUGUGGAAGAGGCCAUUUUCAACUCUAGAAUAUAGUAUUAGGGAAUGUGCAAUACUUUUAGUUACUUAUGGAAAAAGACUAUUACAAAACAAAGGAUUACUUGUUUUAUUGAUGAUCUCAACUUUAUUCAUAAGUAUAUUAAUAAAUACCAAUGGACCCCAUCAAUCGUUAGUACAAGCAGCCAAUAAAAAAAUUUUAUGGUGUUUAUAUUGGAUAGGAUUAGGUGUUUUAUCAUCUGUUGGUCUAGGGACUGGAUUACAUACUUUUAUUUUAUAUUUAGGUCCACAUAUAGCACGAGUUACACUGGCAGCUUACGAAUGUAACUCGGUUGAUUUUCCUGAACCGCCUUAUCCAGACGACAUAAUUUGUCCUACGAAUGAAGUGACCUCUUAUAUUUCAAUAUUCAGUAUCAUGGCCAAAGUUAGGUUAGAAGCAAUGUGCUGGGGAGCUGGUACAGCACUAGGGGAGUUGCCCCCAUAUUUUAUGGCAAGGGCAGCUAGACUCUCAGGGAUUGAUCCUGAUGAUGAAGAUGAUGAACUCAGGGAAUUUGAAGAGCUACAAAGAAAAGCAGAAGAGCACCAAGAAUUAACUUUUAUACAGAAAGGAAAACUUUUUGUUGAAGAAUUGGUGAAGAAAGUAGGAUUUUUUGGAAUUCUAGCUUGUGCCAGUAUACCAAACCCUCUAUUUGAUCUGGCUGGUAUAACCUGCGGCCAUUUUCUAGUGCCUUUUUGGACGUUUUUUGGUGCAACUUUGAUUGGAAAAGCCAUCAUCAAGAUGCACAUCCAAAAGUUAUUUGUUAUAAUAGCUUUCGAUGAAACGUUAAUCAAUAUAGCUCUAAGUUGGCUCAAGGUUGUUCCUUUGGUAGGUGAAAUGCUUCAAGUUCCUUUCAAGGCAUUUUUGGAUGGCCAAAAACAGAAACUGCAUCAGAAGGGAACUGCAUCCGAAAUAUCCGAUAAAGGAAAUAUCUUGGGUACAUGCUUUGAAGUCUUUGUGAUGGUGAUGGUGCUUUAUUUUGUAGUUUCUAUUCUGAAUUCACUAGCGCAAAGUUAUCACAAGAGGAUAUCAAAAAAUAAGUCUGAUAAAAUUUCAAAAGAUUAGCAUUUUUCAGGGAUUCAAAAUUUAGAAACAGUAAUAACAAUAAUUUUUUUUUGGCAUUCUAGUCUAGUGAAUUUGCAUGUGACAACCCUAAUUAUUUCGAAGCAGGUUAUGGGCUUCUAUUUUUUGUUUGUGGAAAUGUAUAGAAUACAUUUGAAGUGUCAACAUCCUUUGAUUUGCGGAAAUAGAAAUUCGCUAUUUAUUGAACGAACAUUAAGCCCAUAUUGAUUAUAUGAGUAAUCUGCAAGUGAAGAUGAAGUAUUUCGAUAUUUUGAGUUGUAUUAUUUGACUGCCAAUAUCAGCUAAUUAAGAAAGAAAGGUUAGAUGUUUGGUAUUACAAAUGAUAGGGAGAAUGUCAUGGUUUUUCAAUUUAUGUAACUUAGGUAUAUUUUGAAAUUUUGAUUUGAACCUGAUAAUUAUACACAGAAGUGACGAUAUAUCGCUACCAUCCAAUUUAUUCAUCAUUAAAAUUAAUUUCCAAAUGAAAAAUGAAUAGUUGUUGAUUAGUUUUAGUUCCUAGUAACAUAUAAUUUGUGCAUUUCAUGAUAUUCUGUUUUAAGAAUACACUGUGAUUUAUAAUACAUAUUCAUUGGUGUUUCCUAUAUUUCAUUUGAACUCUGGGUUUUAGAAUGGCUUGUUUGGAGAUUAUCUUGAUUCACAAUUCAAGUUUUUGUAUUGAAGAUGAAUAAAAUAUUUGUAAAUACAAA